AGUGCAUGACACAGGGUUGGAAGUCACUUUUAUAUAACAUUCUGAAAUCUGACAGGCAAUACCGGCAACAAGAUAAGGCCGGAGCAGGGAGCGACUGCGGCGCAGGGCUGGUGAAAGAGGCGCGGCUACUCUUAAGGGGCGGGGUUGCGUGGUGACGUCAGGGUGUAGCAGACGUCUGUUUUGAGGCUGUGGCGGGACAUGGUGAGAAGCUCUCAGGGGCAAUGUUACGGGAACGUACCACUACCAUUUAUUUGUGACAUUAUUUUUUUUUUGAAGAGAAAUGGCUGCACCGCAACUUGGAAAAUCUGUCUUCUAUGAUCUGUUUAGCACGCAUUGCUCUCACUCAGAUUUAGGGCCUAUCAGUCUAAACUGGUUUGAAGAGCUCACUGCUGAAGCCUUGCCUUACAAGUCAAGAACAUGUGAAGAUCAUGAAUGCAGUUUGGAUGAUCUCCAUGAAAACAACAUCAAAACUCCUAAACUGAAGUCGUCAAUUUAUAGCCAAUUAGAUUCCACUCCAGUCAUCUUUAAGGAGCGUUUACUAUCACCUCUUUUUGCUUCUUCUUUGACAGAGCUGGAUAAAAGGCAGAAUGCAACAGAUAAUGGAAACAAUGUUAGACUUGAGAAAAGUAACUGUACCCAAAUGCAGCAUCAAGCAAGUGAAGUUUUCAGUCCCUCAAGUCGAUGCCUCAACGAAAGUCCUGCUGUUAUCAAAGAAAUAUUCAAGACACCAUUACGAAAUAAGUACCUACAUAAAACACCACAGUGUGAUUGGAAACCUGACAUUUGCAGCAGUCUGUUUUGUACUCCAAAGCUUAUGAAGAACCAAACUGGAUGUAUUAAAGAAAGUCUAGGUGCAGAGGUGGAUCCAGAGAUGUCAUGGUCUAGUUCACUAGCUACACCUCCUUCCCCAACUGUGAUAAUUGCACAUGCUAAUGAUCAGCCCAGUGGAAAUAAACAUGCUGCAAUUGUACAGAGCCUUUUCCCAAAUUGUGAGAAUAUGGAAGCGAAUAAUUUGCCACCACCUGAGACGGGCACACAAAAUGAAGACCGUCAAAUAUGUGGUAUGGGAUCUGUUAUCCAGAAAAUUCCGGAAAGGUCAUCUUCCAUAGACUCCAUUAUAACAGGACUAGAAAAGCCAGGUUCAUGCAGUGCGAGCAAAACUGUACCAGAAGCGUCUGCCAUUUCCUCAAGGGCAGCCUGGAAGAAAACUGUUGCAAAUACAGUGAAGGACGAGGAGGUUUCCAGAACUGUGGAAAAUGCUCUGGAAGGAAUGGAAGAUGUCCUCUCAAUCUUUUUUGCAAGUGAAAAGACUCCUGGUCUCAGAAAGCUGAAAAAUUCUACCCAAGCUAGGAGAAAAGUGGAAUCUAUUAAGUCUCAGAAGUGCCAAGUUUCAUUAUUUAAAGCAGAAGAAGGAGAAAGCAUUUUGGUCCCUUUAGAUGAGCAUCAUAAAUGUGAUCAUGAGAUGCUUAUGAAACCUGAACAAGACUACAAAAUGAAUGCUGUUAACCAAAAAAUAGCCAAAGAAACUACUCCAUAUGAAUGGUCACAGCUAAAUAUAUGUGAGUUGGAUAUAACUCAAUCACAGGAUAGCACUUUGCAUGCAGCAAAUCUAUGUUGUGAAGAUAUCACUGUCAACAAAAGUGAUACAUGUAAUAUUACUGAAGCCGAAAAGCAGGAGGAAGUCAAUGAGCCAAGCACCGACAAUGUACUGUCUAAUAAAGUUGGCAAAGAAAGCACUUUAAAUGUGAAUUGUAUUAAUGCUGAUUUGAAUAACAUGGCUUCAUCCUCAAAUAACUCUGUUCACUCACUGAAUCUUUCUCAAUGUGAAAAAAUGGAUUCUUCUGAAAUUUCUAACAGUGAAGUUGGUUGUAUAACAAAACUAACAACCCACCCAGCAAAAAUAACAACUGGUGAAUUAAGUUCAGUAGAUGACUGUGCUAAGAAACCCCAGGAAAGAGUAACUAUUAGUACUUCAUUUUCAACUCUGAAAAAGCAAUCGAAGUUUAUGUACAGUGUAAACACUGUGUUAACUGGUCAUAUUGCAAGCAAUACCAGCAUAGCCACUAGGAGAUCAUUGAACAGUCAUUUAAGUUCUGAUGAACCAAAACCUCACAUUAAGGAAAAUCAAAAUGAACCAGAAUCAAAUGCUAAAUAUUAUUCCAACGGCCUGCAGAAACCAGUAUUCCUGGAAAAGGAGAAUGAUAAUAAGGGAAUUUCUUUAUGUAAAACUAUCUCAGACGGUCAAAACACUUCAGAAGGUGCCAGGGCUCCAGACUAUUUUGAGGAACGUGUUCCUGAAACAAAAGAUAGAUGCAAAGCUACACUAAGCAUCAGGGAAAAGGUUGUGGCUACAGCAAAUUGUUUUGCAAGAAAACAGCUUGAAACAGAUUAUCCAGAGGAUGCCUCAGCACAACAUGAGGCACUUCAGUUCCAUGCUAAGCAAUAUGUGUCAUGCUCAAUGCUAAAUUCUAAUGUGUCCAAUGACAUGCAAAUAAAGCCUCAAGUGUUAACUCAGGCAUGCGAUUUUAGGAGCAGCGCAGAAAAUCUUGUUGAAAAAACAAAAAAUCAAUUAAGGCGGAAUGAAGAUCAAUCAUUUUCAUCAACUGGCAUAGGGAAAAAGCCAGCUAGUGGUGAAAAAUUAGUAGGUGACUGUAAUGAGGGCUCAUUCCUUCAUGUGAAGCAAGAAAUAAGUGCUGCUCAGGCAUUGGUAGGUAAUGGUUACGAAACCAGAGACACUCCUGAUGUCACUAGUGAUCAUACAAGGAGUGUUAUUUCCAACCAUGGAAAGUCUCUGUGGGAGGAGGAGACAGCACUGACUGAAUUACCAGUCCCAGAAAUUCUGAGUAAAACUUUCAAGGGCUUUAAAACGGCAUCUAAUAAAAAAAUACAUAUUUCAGAUAAAAAUAUUGUAAAAGGUUGUGACUUGUUCAAAGAAAUUGAGUUUGGCAUUGGUGACGCUAAGCCCUGCAAUGAAGAAAACAAAGAGCCCUUAAAGAAAACUCCCUUUGAUGUUCCUGGGUAUGAAACAAAUUUAAAAGGAUUCAAAACUGCAUCCAAUAAAGAAAUAAAUGUAUCAGAAAACAAAUUUGCUAAAGGUAGACUGCUGUUUAAAGACAUCGAAGAGGAAAGCGGUCAAACUACAGCUAUAAUGGCAAAAGAUAAUGAGCUGUUCAUUAAGCCUGCAUCCAGCAAUAAGCCUGACAUAUUUAAGAGUACAUGUAUAAAAGGAAUGAAUCCAUCUGAGAACCUAGACAGUAUGCCCCCCAAAAAAGGAGACGUGCAGCAGAGUGCAGGUUUAAAACAUUCAGAUCAAAUUGACGUUUUUGGUUUCGAUGAUCCUCCUGCAAAAGGAAAUGUUCAAACAUUAGGCUAUUUUAAUAUGUCUGCUUCUGAAACAGACUUCAAAGGAUUCAAAACCGCUUCCAAUAAAGACAUAAUUAUUUCAGAAAGCACACUUGCUAAAGGUAAACUUAUUUUUGAAGAUAUUGAAGAUACAAGAUACAGUGAAACAGGAAGGACCAUAGAUUGUAAAGCAAAAGGUGGUGCGUUGUCCACCAGUAACCUUGUAAUGCAUAACACCAUGUGUAAAAAUGAACCAAGUACAUCUGAGAACACAAAUGAUAAAGCACCAAAAAGAGCAAAAGUACAAACACCUAUGGCAGAAAAUAGUCAUUUAAAAGAACCUUCUUCAGACAAAAAUGCAAUGGAUGCUGCAAAUCAUCAAAUGACACUGAAAGCCUCCGCAUACAGCCCAAAGGCUGCCUCUUCUGCACUGCCCAGGUACAAAAAGAAACCAAUCUCUACCACUAAAACCUCUUUCCAGUUGAAUGAACAUUUGACUGAAAGCCAGCAAGCUGAAAUCUCUGAACUUUCCUCUAUUCUAGAAAAUGCAGACAGUCAGUUUGAUUUUACUCAGUUUAGGAAAGUGCCUUCUGUGACUGAGAAACAAAAUUCAACUGAAGGUGGGAGCGAGUCCCAGAACCUUAACAACUCAGAUGUCUGGAAGGACGUAGAUUUUAAUGAUAGUUUUGCAGCAGGAAGGGAUCAUUCUGAGGGAAUGGAGGCAAUUCCCUCCAGUCCUGGAAUAAAAGAAUUGCCUUCUGCAGGAGAAUGUUGCAGUAAAGAAACACAUGAUUCUAUGCCAGAUUUUGUGACCUUGGCACCUAAACAAGGUUUUCUGGUUAAACAAAAUGAAAGACUCUUUGCAGGGUUUAAUCUUGCUAGUGGCAAGCAAGUUAAUAUAGACAAUGAUGUACUAAAAAAAGCUGCUGAACUGUUCAAUGAUAUAGAUAAUGAUAAAGAAUUGCUCAGCCACGCCAAAGAAGAAAGCAGAAAAAGCAAUAUAAAACACUCUUCUAAAUUAAUAAAUAAUGAAAAUUGUGGAAAGACAGAACACACAUCUGAGCAUUUGGUAUGUCAAAGUAAUGUUUCAUUACCAUUCAUAAAAACAUUGGGCAAGAAUGCUACAAUACUAGUGAGUGGUAAUGAAAAAAGCCAGAAUCAAGAAUUACAGCUGGAUUGUUUAAAAUGUGAAAGUACUGAUGUAAAGCAUACACCACAAAAGGAAACAAUCAAUGACAACUCAAAGUGUAAUGAAUCCUCUCUUUCUGAGCUUUCCAUGAAAGGUUUUCAGACUGCCAGUGGGAGAAACAUUAUGAUGUCCGAGUCUUCAAUCCAGAAAGCCAGAAACAUAUUUGCAGAGGAACAUGAAGACAGUUUUACAUUGCGCUGUAAUAUUCAAAAUACAAUACAAAUACCACAGCCUGUAAAUGAACCGACCCAAUUCCCAUAUGUUAAUUUGGGGCCAAAACCCACAACGACAUCAGGAUGGCAAGAAAAAAAUAUUCUGAGAAGAAGUACAGAAAAAGGUUUCAUGCCGGGUUUUUGCACUGCCGGUGGUAAAAAGGUUUCUGUUUCCGACGACUCUCUAGCUAAAGCACAUAAACUUUUCCAGGAGGAAUGUACCUUUAGCAAGGAAGGGAAAUUGGAUGAGGUGAAACAAAAUAAAUUAAUGAACUCUGAGCCAUUGUCUCUUCUCACUUGUGAGUCAGUCCUGAAACAGAGUGACGGAUUCAUUGAAGAUAUUUCAACUUCUAGAAAUGCUUUGGAAAUCAGACCAGAGCUUUAUCCGGAGGGCAUGUGUAGUAAUAGGGCAUCUAAUGGAAGUGGAAACAAUAGUGAAUUUACAGCUGGGGAAGGCAUAUCAAUAAAUAUCAACCAAUCAUCGCUGCUUACAACAGGCAACGUUUUAAAAAAUUUGCCGUCUGAAAGUAGUGGCCAUGAUGUGUAUUCAGUAACUGAGCAUCUAAGCACUGUGGUUAAAGUCAAAAGAUACAAUGAUUCAGGUCAUUUUGUAAAUCAAAAUUUAGCUGAAUGUAAUGAUAACCAUGUCCUUAGCACUCAAAAAAAUACUGCAAAUAUAAGCAACAGAAACGAGGACUGUACAUCCCUGGCACCUCUCUCUUUCAGCACAGCCAGUGGGAAAUCCGUCACAGUGUCUCAUGAUUCUCUUCAAAAAGCAAGACUGAUGCUUUCUGAAGCAGCUAAUGAUGUUACAGUAGAUACUAGUAAGCAAGAGGCGGCUUAUAUUACGCCAGCCAUUCGAAAAACAGAAGCAGAAAAAGAGCAGAACACUGUUGAUGAUUCUGAUAGAGUUAAUGCAAAUACAUUUUCAUUUUCUACUGCAAGCGGUAAAAAGGUCAACAUAAGCGGAAAUUCUUUAAAGCAGGUCAGAGCUGUCUGCCUAUCCUCUGACCCAAAAGAAACAUCAGCGGCUCUGUUUAAUGUUGAAAAAAGUGUUUUUAAUGAAGAUGUUAAGGAUGUAUCUUUGCUUCAGCCCAAUGUUACCAUGCCGAAGGCUGUGUCGUUUAGUACUGCAAGUGGCAAGACGGUGCAGUUGUCAGACGAGUCUUUGAAGAAAGCUAGGGUGAUUUUUUCUGAAAUAGAUACUUGUCCGUUGAUGCAACAGCAGACUAAUGAAAGCACUGUUGAAGAGAUAGUAAUAGGAGGAGGAAUGACAAAAUCAAAACAGAUGCCAUUAACAACAGAAAAAGUCGAAACAACUAGAAAAAAUAAUGGUACUUUUGGCUUUAAUACCGCAAGCGGAAAGCAGGUCUCUGUGUCUGAAAGUGCGCUGCAGAAAGUCAAAGAUAUCUUUCAAGAAUUUGAUGAUCCCGACAAUUAUGAACAAAAUAAAUCACUCGUAAGACUGCCUGUUUCAUCAAAAAUAAAAGAAUCAACUCCAGGAACAAAAAGACUGGUGCAAACUGCAGGGUCCUCUUAUAAAAAUGAUAAUUUGCAAUGUAAAGCAGGGAAUCUUCGUACUUUUCAGGAUAAGCAAGCUGGCAAGAAGUCACUUACAUAUUCAGAAGCAGCCAUAAGCCCCAUUAUAACAACUGUCCCUGGAAAUCAAUUAACGCCCAUCCAGUUGGUAAAAGUCUCAACCAACACAUCAGCAUUGGCUAAUAAAACCAAACCCGAUUUAUAUGUCGCAACAGCCCAGAACACACCACAAAAUGAUUUUGAAAUAGAAGCAGCAGAAAGUGCUAGAGCUUUCUUGGAAGAUGAUGACCUGACAGAUAUGGGAUCAGCUGCCCAUGAAACAUACUUGUAUCUCAACCAGACCUCAAAUACAAGAACUGGGAAGAGAUCAAGAACAGAAGGGCCGACACCUGGAGAGCCACCAAUCAAAAGACGGCUUUUACCAGAAUUUGAUUGCACAACAGACACUCGGCAACAAACGGGGAUUUUAAAGCCUUUGAUCAGCACUCCAGACAUGAUGCGAGACAGGCGAAGGUUUUUGUACACCCUUCCCUUGAAGCCAUCAACUUGUAAUCCUGAAAGUGCUUUACGUCAAGUCACGUGCAUUCCUACACAAGCCCAUCUCCAUUCUAAAGUCAAAAUCUUCCACCAGUCUCUACCCAUCAAGUCACCAGAUGUUGCAUCUGAUUCAACUUCUAAAUCGUAUAGCCCCACUGCUGCAAAAGAGACCAUAAACUGCUCAUCUGCAUCUAAAAUACCUGCAAAGAAAUUUGUGCCUCCUUUUAAAAAGACUGUGGCGACCUUGGCAGACAACCAGUCAAACAGUGUACAAAAUGGCAGUUCGGAUGGGCUUAUCGAGAGCAUUGUUUAUCCAAAAGAAGACAAAGUUGAAACCAUAUGUUCUUCAAAAGAUCAAUUUGAUGACUCAGAUAUUUUACAAAUGACUUCAAAUCUUCGAUGUAGCAAAGACCUGCAGGAAAUGAGAAUUCGGAAAAAGCUAAGGCAAAAGAUUAAACCGCAUCCAGGCUCACUGUAUCGUCUGAAAAUGUCACAUGUGAAGAGAAUUUCACUUCAAUCUGCAGUGGCAGAAAGGUGUCCCACUCUGUAUUCAAGGGAACAGUUAUACAGAUAUGGCAUUGUGAAGAACCAUAUUGGAGUCAGCAGCGAGAACGCAUUGUCCUUCCAGUUCCACUGUUCAAAUUAUUUCACAAAAGAACUUCUUCUUUCUGGAAAUGGUGUGCAGUUGGCAGAUGGAGGUUGGCUUAUUCCCACUGAACAAGGCAACGCAGGCAAAGAAGAGAUAUACAGAGCGUUUUGUGACACUCCUGGUGUGGAUCCAAAAUUAAUUUCAGCUGAAUGGGUUCAUAACCACUACCGCUGGAUUGUAUGGAAACUUGCUGCAAUGGAAGUCAGGUUCCCAAAGACAUUUGCUUGCAGAUGCCUUACACCAGAACGUGUGCUUUUACAGUUAAAGUACAGAUAUGAUGUGGAAAUUGAUAAGAGUCAGAGAUCCGCCAUCAAAAAGAUCAUGGAGAGAGAUGACUCCCCAGCUAAAACGCUGGUACUGUGCAUUGCCAAGAUCAUUUCCCAGGGCACUCGCCUGCCCAAUGCAUGUAGUAAUAAAACCGAACCCGCUGACUCUAAGGAAAGUUCUGCAGUAAUAGAGGUGACAGAUAGUUGGUAUGGUAUCAAGGUUCUGCUUGAUCCGUGUCUCACUGCUCUCUUACACAAAGGAAGGCUUUUUAUUGGUCAGAAGCUAAUUGUUCAUGGAGCGGAACUUAUUGGCUCAGAUGAUGCCUGCUCUCCCCUUGAAGCGCCAGAAUCUCUUAUGUUGAAGAUUGCAGCUAACAGCACUCGGCCUGUUCGAUGGCAUACCAAACUUGGAUAUUUCAAGGAUCCCAGACCAUUCUGUCUCCAUUUAUCAUCACUGUUAAGUGAAGGAGGUGUGGUGGGGUGUGUCGAUGUAGUAAUACAAAGAAUCUAUCCCAUGCAGUGGAUGGAAAAAAUGGCAAAUGGACUGUAUGUGUUUCGCAAUGAUCGAGCAGAGGAAAGAGAAGCAGAAAAGCAUUCAGCAAAUCAACAAAAAAAGCUUGAAAUGCUCUUUUCAAAAAUACAAGCUGAAUUUGAACAGCGGGAAGUAACAUGCAACAGAAGAAAGGGACUCAGGCGGCGGUCAUUAAAUGCACAACAAAUGCAGACCCUUCAGGAUGGGGCUGAAAUCUAUGAAGCCAUUCAGAACGAAUCUGACCCUGGGUAUCUGGAGUCGUACUUAAGUGCUGAGCAGCUGAAAGCCCUCAAUCACCACAGGCAACUUUUAAACGAUAAGAAGCAAGCACUGAUCCAAGCUGAAUUCAGAAAAGCCAUUGAAUGCAGUGAGCAGGAUGCAAAUGGCUGUACAAGGAGGGAUGUCACUCCUGUAUGGAAAUUACGCAUUGCAGAUUACAGAAAUUAUGAAACAGAUGCAGCAUAUAUACUGAACAUUUGGCGUCCGUUACCAGAUGUGCUUUCUCUUCUGAAAGAAGGUUGUCGCUAUAAAAUGUAUCAUUUGGCAGCAUCCACAUCAAAAGGAAAGUCAUUAGCAGCUGAUUUGCAGUUAACAGCUACAAAGAAAACUCGCUUCCAGCAACUUCAGCCAUCAGAGAGCAUUUUGGAGCAGAUUUACAGCCCGAGAGAAGUGACGGACUUCAGCAGGUUCCAGGAGCCUUUGUUUAGCGCCCCAUAUGCAGAGGUUGAUCUGGUGGGAUUAAUCAUCUCCAUAUACAAAAAAACAGGUGCAGCUCCAGUGGUUUAUAUAUCAGAUGAAUCUCACAAUAUUGUGGCGCUAAAAUUCUGGACAGAUCUAGGGCAGCUUGGGCUUGAGGAGAUAACCAAGCCACGCACAUAUAUCUCUGCCAGUAAUCUUCGCUGGAGAUCAGACUGUAUCGAGGGGAUUCCUACACUGUACGUUGGAGACUUAGCCAACAUUUCUUCCAAUCCCAAAGAAAGCCAUCUGCAGAGGGCAAUUCAGAAACUGAAACUUUCUGUACAGAAUGUCCAAGAUUUUUGGAAUUCAUCACAAACCGCACUGAUGAAAACCUUGCAGAUAAAUAGCACAGACACAACGGAGUGCAGUAAGAACCCAACGACACCAACAUGGAAGUCAGAUGUUUCUGCUAGAAGUGGUUACCUAACCCCCUUGCACCAUAGUGGUAAAAGGUUAUUAAAUUCUGUCCAUACAUCAGAUCCUCAGACAGAAAAUCCUGGAUGUAGUAAAGAAAUACAACUAAAAACCUGCAAAAAGAGGAAAGCUCUGGACUUUCUCAACCGCAUUCCUUCACCUCCACCUGUAACACCAGUACGGCCCUUUGUAUCCCCAUCUUUGCAGAAGGCAUUCCGACCCCCACGGAGCUGUAGCGUCCAGAAGUUGGGCCCGGAAACCAAGGGUAAUACUGAGAAUGUCCAGGGAACAACCCCAGAAUGCACUAAAGACCUAGCAAAAUUAGAGGGUGAAUUUGUGGCUGAUGAAGAACUCGCCAUGAUCAAUACCCAAGCUUUGCUUUUAGGUCUGGAGGAAGAAAAAAAGAAAACCGAGCAGAAAACCAGCAGAACAGCAGGUAAAAUGACUGCCCAUGAGUCUCCAAUAGAAAAUGCUUCCCCCGUUCCUGCCCAGGAACAACAAACUGAGGAAGCAUUGAACAUUCCAGUCGGUAACUCAGAGAAAUCUUACCUGUGCCUAAGAAAAAGGAAACGGAAAUAGUGGCACCAUGUGUGUUUAAUUACACAAACUGUAAAUAGAUGUUUAAAAACAGUGUGUAUAUAUUUAUAAAUUCAGCAAGUUCUACAGACAAACUGUAUUCAAAAAGAAUGAACAUGAAGUCAGGAAUCAAAAUACAAGUAUCCAUUAAAGUACAACAGGAAUUAGUCAAGAGCUGCUGCUUUAACCUCUCUACAGCGAUACAGUAAGUACAACACAUAGACAGCAGAAGCUUUAGGAAUAAAAAUACAAAAUAUAAACACUAAAGUAUCACUUGCAAUGUAUCUCACUUAUAUACAGAAACUACAAAAAUACAGCUAAUUUAAAA